AUGAAGGCGGGAGGGCUGGUCCGGAAUGAUCUCACCGCCGAUGACAAGAACUGCACCGACGGCAUUGCAUGGAUUCAGAAUGUAUUCGGCGACUGCGUGGAUACCGAGCUGAAGCUGAUCGGCUUUAUCGUGGGCCUCGUCUCGCUGUGCCUAUGGCUGAUCCCGUUGAUCCCGCAACUGUUGCAAAAUUACCGCACGAAGAAAUGCGAUGGGUUGUCGCUGGCGUUUUUAUUCUUUUGGCUGGUCGGUGAUACGUGCAAUAUGCUGGGCGCAAUGUUGACAAACCAGCAGCCGAUCCAGAAGAUCAUAGGAGUCUAUUAUAUCAUCCAGGAUCUCACGCUGUGGGGCCAGUACGGCUACUACCAUUAUUUCUUCAAACGUGAUGAGAGACGAGUGACAAUCGUGGUGCCAUGUCUGGCUGUGAUGAGCAUUGGGUCAUUUUGCCUCUUCCCGGAACGCGCUGGGACCGAUCAGUUUGUGGUCGGCCAUUCCCGGGUUCUUCGUUCGGUCGCCGAGCCAAACCUCGAGACAGCGCUGCGCAUGUGGCCAAUUUUCGAGAGCUACACGGACUUGCUUGGCUACAUCAUCGGCUCGAUCGCGGCGUUGUGCUACUUUGGGGGCCGUAUCCCGCAGCUGAUGAAGAAUUACAGAAGAAAAAGUUGCGAGGGCCUGUCGCUGGCCAUGUUCUACAUCAUUAUCGCCGCCAACUUGACGUACGGCUUCUCGGUGCUGCUGGCCUCGACGGGAUGGCUGUAUCUUUUGAGGCACUUACCGUGGGUGGCGGGCAGUCUGGGCUGCUGCUUCUUCGACGUGAUGAUGAUCAUGCAAUACUACUACUACAACAAGCGCCAAGCCGCCGGCACCGACCAGGAACGACUGCUCGACCCCGAGCAGCACGAGGAG